AUGGCCACCGCCAUGGUGACGCCCUACUUUCCGCGGAGCGGGUCCUCGCAUACCUCAACCCUUCUUGUCCAGCAACUGCCACCACCACCGAAGGUUGUAGGUCCGGUAUUCGAUGAGAUACAUGCUAAAGAGCCUAUCCCAGCCUUUGAUGAGAAAGCCUAUGCGCAGCAUUAUACCGGGCCGUCUGAAUCUGGAGAGGCUCUCCCACCGCCCGCGCCCGUUGAGUUUCUGGAUAGGUAUCUCGUCCCGACGCUGGCGCGCAACGAACGCCUGCGGCUGACGCUCCUCUGGUAUCAUACUAAAGAUAUCGAGAAAGAUGAGAGUCUGUUGGCCGAAAUCAGUGUUUUAGUUCGAAGUGCACAGAAAUUCGUCGGGUGGGAGUAUGCCAUCGCAGGUAUUCUCAAUGAGUCCUCUUACAGGCGGUUGGCUACUGUAGGCUUACCGCUGGCCCUUCUGCCUCGCAGGGAAAGCACAUGCUCCCAUACUAUCAAUCAAGCAAAGCUGGAUGAUGUAUUCAUGGUCCUCGACAUGAGUAAAGAUUGGCGUUUCCGACAUUCACCACAUAGUGAGAUUGGUGGCUUGAGAAGUUAUGCGGGCGCACCUUUGAGACUAACCGCCGAUGAUGGAACUGAGGUCCCUCUAGGAAGUCUAUGUGUAGCUUCCGACACUCCACAGAAACCCCUAGCAGCGAGCCAGCAAGAGUCUCUCAUAAGCUUCUCAGAGCUUAUUAGCACUGCUAUUGCGAGUCAUACGCGGCAGCGGAGGCUCAAAAAGAGGCAAGAGAUGACCGAUCUCCUCACCAUUCUACGUUCAAAGUUAGAUACCGAAGACUAUGAAGAAAGCUCAGUGGCUAUCAUUCAACAAGCCUACCCCAGAGCUCACGUAGCCCUUCCAUCCGCCCUAGAUGGUCAAAUACCAGUGGAGGGUAGGUCAGCUAUCAAGCUGUCAGACGUAGAAGGAGGUCUCUGGGAGGAUACAGCACUAAUCGAGCAUACAAUCAUGGCUGCAAACUUCGACGAUCUGCACCCGUCUCAAACCGUCCGUGCAAUCGUCGCGCGUUGCGGAAGCACCGAGAAGUAUGUUGUUGUCUCAGGUCUCGACAUACAUCACGUCUUUGACAACUUUGACGCAUGGUUCAUUUUUAAAGCGGCGGCUAUAAUAGCAGAUAUCCUUCAAAACCGACUUCUUCGGCAAGCUUUAGCUGCAAAGGAGACGUUUCUACGUGGAAUUACUCAUCAACUUCGAACACCUAUCCACGGCGUCCUGAGCUCAACAGAGCUCCUCGCCGAAGAACUCACCGCACGAGGAUUACUAUCACUGACCGAUAGCAAUAGUUCUUCUGUCUCACCGGCUACAUGCAUUAGCACAAUACGGAACUCUGGACAAGAGUUAAUGAGAACCGUGAAUAGUAUUCUUAAGUACAAUGCAUGGGCGGAUACUACUCGCCGCACAUCCAAUAGCCCUUACGACCUAAGACAACUCGAGUGCGAUAUUCUUCCCGAUUCACUUUCACUUGUCCUAGAGGAUCACCUCCACGGAAUCUCUGUCGAAUUUCGCAAUGAGCUGAGACAUUGCUGCUUCAUGGUUACAGACCCAGGCCUUCUCAAGGACUGUCUUCGGGAAAUACUCCUGAAUGCUAUACAAUCAGUUGCUGGUCGGCCACUGGGAACUGUGACGUUCACUAUGCGGGACACUGAGAAUGCGGCAAACCUGAUUUUCGACGUGGUAGAUAACGGCGUGGGCAUCGAAGCAAAAGAUCACAAGUCUAUCUUCCAGCCUUUUUAUAAAGUUGACGAUUUCAAACUUGGGGCUGGACUUGGCCUUACUCUGGCCAGGCAUAUCGCUACUGGCUUGCAGGGCACAGUGAAGCUGGUGGCCUCUUCAACGGAGCUCGGGUCUCACUUUCGAAUAGAGUUCGAGAAUCCCCUCAUCGAUUAUCGCCAAGAUAUUACUCCUACACCCGAGAUCAAGCUUCAGCAUUUGCCUCGGACGUUUCAUUGGAAAUGCAGCGGGACAGGCUACACACAUUUUGCUGCCCACGUCACGAGAUACCUCCAACUCAAUAAAUUCCAACAAGGCACAGAUGCCAAUUUGGGUCUCAUAUUUGCCAAUACCGAUAUCGACCAAUUGCGCGUUGCAUAUCCUUUAGCUGUCAUUGUUGUGCUUGGGAAGGCCAAUAUCAGUGCCGACACUUGCCUUGAACCAGGUAUAUUCUAUUUGACCGGUCCACUACAUAGGGCGGCUUUGAAAAAGAUGCUGCAACAAGCGGAUAUCAUAUAUCAAGCACUCGCAGACAAGAAUACUCAUUGUGAUUCCGCUCAAGUGGUCCCGGUCGUAAACGACACAAGUGUUGGCGUUGUCCCAACUACAACGAUUGCCAAACUUGCUUUGGAUAGUCCACCCUUACAGCGUGACUGCGCCGAUCAACCCGUGAGAGCCUUACUUGUCGAUGAUAAUCCAAUCAAUCUUCGAAUCCUCAAGAUGUUCUGCAGCAAACGAAAUAUUCCCUACGCCACAGCCGAGGACGGUAACAUAGCGAUUGACCAAUUCAUAAAGGGGGUCGAAAGCAAUGAGCCUUUCACUCUCGUGCUAAUGGACCUCCAAAUGCCUAAUUGUGACGGCAUUGAGGCGACUAGGGCAAUUCGCGCAUAUGAACAUAAGCAUGAGCUAUGGAGGUCAAUCAUUUUCAUGGUGACAGGCCAGGACUGGGGUAAAGACAAAGCUGCUGCGCAAGACGCUGGUACAGACGUUUUCUUGAUCAAGCCCGUUUCACCCAAGAUAUUGGAUACACACGUUGCAAAGUUCUUCACAUCUUUUCGACCUCCUGGGGGCUGA